UACGCUGAAAGCCUCCUUUCUCCUUCAUUUCUUUUCUCUUUAUUUUUUGAAUUUCAGGCCGUUCAGUCACGUUUUUCAGCUAUUUUCAAAUUUUUUGCUGUGGAAGCAAUAGUUUUUAGUCCUCUUCAUCGUUGGGCUCGAGAACUGUCGAUCUUGGUGCACUUUUUGCAGAAUGAAUGUGUUUAAUCACCUUUUUUCUGCCCCAGAAAUCAGCGUAGCUGGUCGCAUUAGUGAUUUGGCCGAUCUUGAAUGUGCUGUCAUCAAUCUUUUUGCCGCUCCGCAAUGAUUUUACAGAUCUAGUGCUAAAGUCUUUCUAUGAAUCUGAAAUUGCCAUACCACUUCUCGGGGGCUUUAAGCUUUGAGAGAAUUGAAAGCUACACUCGCUUCUUGCUGCAAGGGUUGGAUGCGAGCCUUUCUCGUGCAAGUGGUUCUGUCUGAGAUCCCAAACUCAAAAAUCCAAGUUAUCAUGGCAAAAGACAAGUAUGGAGGACAUACUCCUAAAGUGGAAUCUACUGUGAGAACUGGGAGAAAACAGCUUUUGGAUAUAACUAACACUGGAGUGCGACUUGUGUCAAGCUUAAAAGAUGCACGUGGAGAUGCUCUUUCAACACCUUUAAGCAAGGGAAGUACUGCUCAUUUGUUGAAGGAAGUGGGGUUGUUACAGAAACUUCUUGCAGAAAAAGAAGCAAUUAUUGAAUCAAAGAAUCUUGAAAUGAAGAGGAUAUGGAUCAAUUGGGUUCAAGUAUCUCAACAAAACAAGCAGCUCAUAAGAAGGAAUUGUGAAAUGUCGAAGGAAUCGACAUUUGAUCAAGAAAAAGUGAGUUUCUUGUCUAAGUUCAAACAUUAUCUUUUUUCUUUUACUCUGCACUAACUUGGAGACUUUUACAUGAAUAAAAUGAAUGACAUCUCUCUCGUAUUCCUUACUUCAUUCACCAGCAUUUAGACAUUCUUGUAGA